AGAUGGAGAAAACAUAUCCUUCACAAAUCACCACCAUAAAAUAUUUUACACCCACAAAUUGUAACUAACUGUCAUUCAUUUGGCAUCUAUAUAAACACCCUCCUCCAUUUCACCCUCCACACAUCAAAACAUUUUUUGCAAUAACAAUUUCCAAUUCUUCUGCAAUUUAGCAGCAAAUCAAUCUACUACAGCCUACAAUUAGCAACAAAAGAUGAAGCAAACUCUCUUCUUCUCACUCCUACUACUUUCCCCCUUUUUCUCAAUCACCACUUUAGCUCAGUCACCAGCUGCAGCCCCUAAAGCCCCAGAGAAACCUGCUCCUGCAAAGCCUGCCCCUGCUACACCAGCUCCGGCCCCUGCAAAGCCGUUAGUCCCAGCAUUACCCCAGUCACCCACUUCAGGUGCUGACUCUUCUGGCAGCCAAGACAUUGUGAAGAUCCUAAGAAAGGCCAAGUCUUUCAACACGCUAAUCCGGUUGCUGAAAACCACACAAAUCAUCAACCAAGUGAACGCACAGCUUGUGACCUCAAAGAAUGGAGGCUUAACCAUCCUUGCACCAGAUGAUGGUUCCUUCUCAGAGCUCAAAGCAGGGUACUUCAACUCCCUGGGUGACAGACAACAAAAGGCAUUGAUACAGUAUCAUGUCCUCCCCGUUUACGUGUCAAGCUCAAACUUUGACGCUCUCAGCAACCCUGUGCUCACACUGGCCAGUGACAGUCCCACAGGGUAUCAGCUGAACGUGACAGCAUAUGGUAACAGCGUGAACAUUUCAACUGGGGUGGUGAAUGCCACUCUCACAGGCAUCGUUUACACCGAUAAGACUCUUGCAAUCUAUCAUGUGGACAAGGUGCUCAUUCCUCUGGACUUCUCUAAGCCUAAGACUAUAGCUCCAGCUCCAGCUGUGGCCAAGGCACCCAAAGCUGAUAAGGAAAACUCUUCAGCAGAAGAUGAUGACCAGGGUCGGGCAGCCAAGGACAGCUCCGGUGCCAUCACUCAUGGGACAACCUUGGUGUCCCUUGGGGUUGUUCUGCUUGCAGCAACUGCUGCAAUCUCGUGUUAACUUUCGAAGUAUAUAGAUUUCAAUGUUUCCUUCAUUGUUUUGUAAGGAUAAAUGGAAAAUCUCGCUUUAAAAAAAAAAGAGUAUAUAUAUUUAUCUUUGGCGUGUUCUA